AUGCCGCUUGAAUCGGAAUGGGCUCAAGUUGCCCCCCUAAUGGAAAAUGUUUGCCACGACCCUGCCGUAUCUAUCAGAGCGCCAUUUUUGCAGAGACUACACCAAUUGAUAGAAACUGAGACAUUGGAAACACCUCAAUUGUCUCAAGUGUCAGUGGUGCUAUUAAAUACAGCUGUCAUAUACCAGGAUAGUCGGUCAAAGGGAUUGGUGACCAAGAUUUUGGAGACGAUUCUUAGAAUAGACAUGAGAUUUUUGGGUAAAUACACCCAAUUUAUCAUUGAUCAAGUCACUAGCAAGCCCGGAUCAAAAGCAGUGGUCAACUAUUUGAAUCUGCUGGAAUGGGUGCACUCUUUUUUAAAAGUUUUGUGUGAAGAGAAGGAUCAUUUUAACGAAUAUAUUAAGAGUCUCGUAAAAGCACACACCUUUACCACACAUGGGAUUCAAACAGUCUUGGACGCUCGUGAAACAAAAAGGAAUUUUGUUGAAGCACAGAAUCAGCAUAGAAAGAGGAUUCGUCAAGAUGUCUUGAAUUCUUCUGCCAAAACAAUCGUAAUCUGCUCAAGAUCAGGUCAUGAUGAACUCGCCACUCAUUAUGUUAGUGCAAUCGCUGAUUGCUUGCUAGAGUAUAACGAACUGGAACUCCCUGCGUUUGGCGUAGCAUUAAUGUUUGGUGCCUUAACACAGGCUAGCCUGCAACUUCUCUCUACGAGACCUGCCUUGCAUAAUUUGCUGAAAACAAAAUAUGCAGAAAAGUAUUCGAUAUUCAUUGGUAAGGAAAUUGUUCUUUCUAAGAAUCCACCUUCCGUCUUUUCUCUGGAAGUAUGCUUAAGACCGUUUUUACAUGAGUUUGUCAAUGAGGAGUAUUUCAGCACUCAUCUCUUACCUUACAUGGAAAAGGCUAAUCUCAGAGCGCCAGAAAUAAGUUUUAAAAUUUCCAGCGAGAUUUAUUCAGCUAUAAAUUCAAAAAAGGUAAAUCUGGUACAUAGCAUUGUGACGUCUAAGAUCCUGGCGCAAGUGUUUUCGUCAUUCAAAAGUUCAAACGAGGCAAUUAGGUAUGCGGCAUUGCAUUCAAUAAUCCAGUUACUUUCUUCAACAUCAGUUAGUAUCACUUCUGAGGAUGAUCUUUCAAAAUUGAUUGAAGAAACGUUUAAAAACAUGAAAUCCAACAUGAACUCUGAAUACAGACUCUUUGCUAGCCGCAUGUUAUAUUCCAUUCCUACCACAUACCAAGAGAUUAAUAGAAAAAUAACGCAUGAACUUGCGAGCUACAUUACAAAGGGUGCAAAUGAAGCUACUCUUAAUGAAAUGCUUAGUGCUUUUUUCGUCCAUUACUUUGCACUGGGGGAAUCGGUUAAGGAAUUCAAUGCAGUUAUUAUGAAGGGCUUUUCGGAAAAAAAGGCUCAAUUAAAGAAAUUAUGGCUAUGUUCAUAUCUGAAGUACUCGACCACAGCUAAAGAAGAUAUUAUUUUAGAUUUUCAAAGUGACUGCUUGGAAUUCAUAAAGGAGACACUCUAUGUUCAUAGAAACGGCCAUUUGAGCACAUUGGUUAGCCUCCAGUUUAUCGAUAGAGUAUUCGAUAACACUAUUCAUCAGCUUAUACCAAAAGUUCAAGAGUUACUAGAUGGAAUUCCAGAAGCCCAUUUGCUUGGCCAUUUGUUCCUUUCGCUAACACUAUCGGCUUCAGUAAAUGCAAAAGAUCGUUUACAAUCUGUGGAAAUUUUAAAACGAUUUUACCAAAGAAGUCCAGAGUCGAUCGGUAUAAGCAUAAUAGAAUCGUUGGAGCGCAAACUGCAAGGAUUUGAAGCCGAGACCGAAGACGUCUUGUGCUAUCGGUACAUCACCCCUGUUCUAAACGCCAUAUCACAAAGUGCUGAAAAUUCUGCAGAAGUCGAGAAAGUUUUGAUCAGAUUGUUUACAAUUUCUCAAUUUCCUAAAUUUAAUCUGAAGGGGGGUUGGGCUGACCUCGUCCUUAAUGCAAAGAACGAUCCAUCGAAACUGAUUGAACAAAACGCGGAUGAGAUCAUAAAUAGACUUACGUCUAUCAUUGUCGAUUCUGCAGCAGCUGAUUCUGAUUUGGGACAAUGUGCGAUUAAGGGUGCUGCCUAUGCUGCCUUCAUUAAUCCUUCCGCUAUUAGUCCAGCACUUUCUAGAACUCUUGAAUCGUUUUUGACCUUGGAAGAAUUUUCCUCUUUUACCACUGAAGAGCUUCAAAUAUGGUCAGGAAAAGAAGGUGAAUUGGUCAUUGACGUAUUAGCGAAUGAUACCUCCAAGCAAAGUGUCAGUAAAAAUACAAAAGAUUACGAGACAUUGAAGUGGGAAGAAGAAGUUAGAAAAAACCAGGUCAAAAAAGCAAACAAAAAAUUAAGUAAAGAGGAACACGAACUGGUUAAACAACAAUUGGCCAAAGAGACUUUAAUAAGAGCUAAGAUUUCUAAAAUCGCACUAAAAUUGCGCGGUGGAAUCAAUCUUAUCAAUGAAUUGACAAAGGGAGCUCAACAGGUUGAUAAUGGUAGGGAUGUGUGGUUUCCCGUUGCUGUUGGAAAAUUGUUAACACUUGUCCAACAGCCCAACAGCUUUAUUUUGGUUGAUGUCUCAGCUGUGAAUGCCUUUUUGCACCUUUCAAGCAAUAUAUCUAAAAGACUAGAAUCUGCUCGUAUUUCUGUUGGUGUGGCAAUUCUCAGAGUUUAUCAAGUGAAAAAUAUUACGAGCAAUUAUCUGGAAGAGCCAUUAUCAGAGCUAUUAUCCAGAGUUCUGUUUAGGGUUAAGUUUGUCUCUGAUCAAAGCUCUUUAGAUUCUGUUUCUCUCACUUAUCUCCUGCCUCUCCUCAUAUACACCUUAGAAGAAGGCAAGAGAGUGGCACUGAGGAAUGCGGACAAACCGGUAGCAAGAAAAGAAUUUGUCGAAGAAGAUAAAGAGGAGGAGCACUUAUUAUUAGCUAUGGAUAUUAUCGCUGUUCAUGCAGAACAGUUCGAAGAUCCAUCCAUUCCAAGAAUUCCAAUCAUGAAAGUGCUUCUUUCUCUCUUAGCAUUGCCUUCGAAGGCUAAAAUUGCCAAAGAAUGCUUCAACACACUGUGCCGGAGCAUAUCUGUUGCACCUACUCAAGAAGAUUUGUCUAUCCUACUCUCCAGCCUACUAUCACCAAGCGAUUUUGUUCGUUCAACGGUUAUACAAGCUAUCGAUGAGGAAUUUGAGCUCAAAUCGAUGAUGAAAUUCACACCCGAAGUUUAUAUUUGCCGUUAUGACUCUAACGAGUCUAACAGAAAGCUCGCUGAAUUUAUUUGGCAGCUCAAUGAAUUUGAGAUUACAACCGAUCUUGUGCAGAAAUUACUGACCUUUUUUAAACAAUCUGACAGUGGGUUGAGAUUGUUUACUGCUAGAGCGUAUGCUUCUGGCGUUAGGCAUUUGAUAGAAAGUGGCCAAAGCUCUCUGUGUGAUCUUCUAGGGCCUUUAAUGGAGUUUUACUCGGAGAGGGCUCAACCGGUGCAGCCAGUUCUGGACAAUUUCGGCUUGGUCGCCAUACCAGCUUCCGAAAUAAAGGAUCCGUGGGAAGAGAGGAGCACAAUUGCUAUCGCUUUAAGAGCUGUCGUUCCUCUUCUGAGCAACAGCGAAAGUAUCACCGUGUCUUUGAUUAAAUUCUUGGUUCAACAAGGCCCAUUAGGUGAUAGAGAACCUUUGGUACGUCAAGAAAUGAAAGAAGCGGGUAUCGAAAUCAUCACACAACAUGGAGCAUCAAACGUCGAGCAGCUUAUUCCAAUUUUCGAAGAAUCUUUAAAAGGCGAAAAAGAGACUUCAGUAAAAGAAAAUGUCAUCAUACUUUAUGGUUCAUUGGCAAGACAUUUGAAUCCCGCCGAUGACAGAAUAGGUGCUAUUAUAAAUAGAUUGGUUGCUACCUUGGACACACCCUCCCCACAUGUACAACAAGCAGUUUCUGCUUGUCUUUCACCACUUGUAUUUCUGUUUAAAUCCAAAGUUGCGAGCUAUAUAAAUGAUCUUAUGGCACAGCUACUUAAUCCAUCAGUAUCGCUGUCCUAUCGGAUGGGCGCCGCUUGGGGUAUUUCAGGCCUUGUGAAGGGAUACGGUAUAUUGGCAUUAUCCGAAUUUGACAUCAUACGAAAUCUCAUUGAGGCCGCAGAAGACAAAAGAGAAUCUAAAAGACGAGAGUCUGUGGCGUUCGCAUUUGAGAAUCUUUCUAAAUCAUUAGGGAAGUUUUUUGAGCCGUACGUUAUCGAAGUACUUCCCAAUAUCCUAAAAAAUUUAGGUGACAGUGUUCCAGAAGUGCGUGAUGCAACCGCAAAUGCUACCAAGGCAAUCAUGUCUCACACUACUAGUUUCGGUGUAAAAAAACUGAUUCCAGUUGCCGUUUCUAAUCUCGAUGAGAUUUCUUGGAGAACAAAACGGGGAUCCGUUGAAUUGCUUGGUAAUAUGGCAUAUUUGGAUCCUACACAACUUUCAGCAUCUUUGCCUACAAUUGUCCCGGAAAUCGUUGGUGUCUUGAAUGAUUCGCAUAAAGAAGUGCGUAAAGCUGCAGAUGAAUCUUUGAAACGUUUUGGAGAAGUCAUUAGAAAUCCGGAAAUUCAAAAGCUAGUUCCGACUCUAAUAAGAGCAAUUGGUGAUCCAACCAAAUAUACGGAUGAAGCUCUUGAUUCUUUGAUACAAACACAGUUCGUCCAUUACAUUGAUGGCCCUUCGCUAGCAUUAAUUAUCCAUGUUAUUCAUCGGGGUAUGCAUGACCGCUCCGCAAAUACGAAAAGAAAGGCAUCUAAGAUUAUUGGUAACAUGGCCAUUUUGGUCGAUGCUAAAGAUCUAGUUCCUUACUUGCAACAACUGAUUGACGAGGUUGAAGUUGCAAUGGUUGAUCCAGUUCCUGCUACGAGGGCCACAGCGGCACGUGCUUUAGGCGCUUUAGUCGAGAGACUCGGUGAGGAACAGUUCCCAGACCUGAUUUCUCGUCUCUUGGAUACAUUAUCCGAUGAGUUUAAAUCAGGAGACCGCCUAGGAUCUGCUCAAGCUCUAGCCGAAGUGAUCUGCGGAUUAGGAUUAUCUAAACUGGAUGAACUACUCCCUACAAUUUUGGCAGGCGCUAUGAACAUUCGCAGCUAUGUAAGAGAAGGAUUUAUGCCAUUGCUACUAUUUAUUCCAGUGUGCUUUGGCGCUCAGUUUGCGCCUUAUAUCAAUCAGAUCAUUCAGCCUAUUCUUGCUGGUCUUGCUGAUAAUGAUGAGAAAAUUCGUGAUACUUCUUUGAAAGCUGGUAAACUGAUUGUUAAGAGCUAUGCAUCGAAAGCUAUAGACCUUCUGUUGCCUGGUUUAGAGAAUGGAAUGUUCGAUGAAAAUGAGCGCAUCAGAUUAUCUUCUGUUCAGCUGACUGGAGAAUUAUUAUUCCAAGUCACAGGUAUUUCCUCAAAGAAUGAGUUUAGUGAAGAAGAGCAAGAACACAGCGGCGAAAUCUCGAAGACAAUAGUCGAAGUUCUUGGCCAAAGCCGUCGUGACAGAAUUUUGUCUGCCUUAUUUGUUUGCAGGAAUGACGUUUCAGGUAUCGUACGUGCAUCAACUGUUGAUAUAUGGAAAGCCCUUGUGCCAAAUACCCCUCGUACAGUUAAAGAAAUUCUACCAACCCUGAUCAACAUGGUCGUCGUGCAUUUGGCAUCAUCCUACAGUGCACUGCGAAACAUCGCAGCUCAAACUCUAGGUGAUAUGGUGCGCCGUGUAGGAGGGAAUGCUUUAUCACAACUAUUGCCAACAAUGGAGGUCUCUUUGGAAGAAACUUCUAAUCCUGAUUCGAGACAAGGUGUAUGUAUUGCUUUACGUGAACUCAUCGAAUCUUCUUCUGCAGAAGCAUUGUCCGAAUAUCAAGAAACCAUUGUCAGCAUCAUUCGCACCACAUUGGUCGAUAGUAGCACAACAGUUAGGGAAACGUCAGCCCUCUGUUUUGAUGCUUAUCAGGAGUGUGUUGGUAGCUUGGCUGUCGAUGAGGUUAUUCCGUACUUACUGCAUUUAUUAGAGUCAUCGGAAGAUUCCGAAUGUGCUCUAUUGGGUUUGCAGGAAAUAAUGUCCAACAAAUCGGAGGUCAUCUUCCCGAUUUUGAUUCCAACAUUAUUGGCGCCUCCAAUAGAUGCAUUCAGAGCUUCUGCCCUAGGUUCUUUAGCGGAAGUCGCUGGACCUGCACUAUACAAACGUCUCUCUGUGAUUAUUGAUACUCUGGUUAAUUCUCUGGUGUCGAAAGAUUCAAAUGACGAGGUAACAAAUGAAAGUUUGAAAAUGGCUCUCAAUAAAGUAUUUUUGUCUGUUACCGAGGAAGGCGGACUACAUCCGCUGCUUCAACAAAUAGGGUCUCUGCUGAAUAGCGAAAACAUUGAAAAGCAGGUUAUUAUUCUAGAAUGCGUUCCUGAUUUCUUUGAGAACACAAUACUGGACUAUAGCAUAUAUGCUGUGGAUCUGGUCUCAAAUGCUAUACAUUCAUUGGAAGAUAAGGAUCCUAGGAUCGUUAAAGGAAAUUUCGAACUUUUGUCCGUAAUACUAAAGGCUCAAGAAAAAUCUGAACUAGAGAGAUUCAUCAAGCCUGCUAAGCAAGCCUUAAGUUUAACGGGAAAACCUGGAUGCGAUUUGGCAGGAUUUUGUCUUCCAAAAGGGCCAAGUUGUGUCUUACCUAUAUUUUUGCAUGGUUUAAUGUACGGGUCUAACGAUGAACGUGAGGAUUCCGCUCUAGGAAUUGCUGAUGUAGUCUCCAAGACACCGGCAGCAAAUUUGAGACCUUUCGUCAGCACUAUAACAGGACCUUUGAUUCGUGUAGUUGGAGAAAGGUUCAACAGCGAUAUUAAAGCGGCCAUUCUUUUUGCGCUGAACAUCCUUUUUGCCAAGAUUCCCCAGUUCUUGAGACCGUUCAUCCCACAAUUGCAGAGAACAUUUGUCAAAUCGUUAUCUGACCCCUCCAACGAGCUUCUACGUUUACGCGCAGCCAAGGCUUUGGGCACUUUGAUUGAGUAUCAGCCUAGAGUCGACCCUCUAGUUUUCGAGCUAGUCGGUGGGGCUAAGCAAGCUACUGAUGAUGGAGUAAAGGCUGCGAUGCUCAAGGCGCUGCUGGAAGUUGUUGCUAAAGCGGGGCCAAAGAUGAGUGAAGCUUCCAAGCUGAAAGUUGUCGAUUUGGCGGAAGGGGAGAUGCUGUCUGGAAAUGAUAAAAUUGCAGUCGCGAAUGCUAAAUUGAUUGGUUCUGUUUCAGAAAUAUUAUCUACUGAGGAAAUAAGUAAAAUUUUGGAAGAGAAGGUUUUAAACACUGAGCUAGGUGCAGAUGCUGGGAAAUUUGGAAUUUUAACUUUGAACUCAUUUUUGAGAGAUGUUCCACUACAGGUACUGGAUAAAAGUUUAAUCGACGAAACUGUAACAUAUAUCAUACGCUGCAUUGAGUCAACUAAUCCUUAUUUUAGUGAUAACGGGCUGAUUGCAGCGGGAAAGCUACUGCUACUUGAACAUGAGAAGAAAUCCCCAUUUUCAAGGAUUGAAAUAGAUAGCAAGCUUUCCAUUGGAGAGGAAAAUAUCGAAUGUUUGGUUAAAUCACUAUGCAAAGCGACGGUCGGACCUCUCAGUAACUCUCUGGAUUCAAGAAGAUUAGCAUUGAUCGUUUUGAGAACUUUGGCUCGAUUCAAAUUUGAUGAAUGUGUAAAGCCUUUCUUGGAUAUAUUGACACCAUCUGUCUUCUUUUGUCUGCGUGAUACUAUAAUUCCUAUCAAGUUAGCAGCUGAGAAGUCAUACCUGGCUAUAUUCAAGCUUGUUGAAGAGCCCGAUAUGUCUAUAUUCAACAACUGGUUCAGUAGUAUAUCUGCAAAUAAUACCAGUUUACAAAAUGCUGCAGGUGCAGUCAUUCAGUUGAGAUCUAUCAGUGACUACACAAAGAGAGUAGGAAUGAGACUAGCUAAAGUUGAGAGAGAAAGGAUUGCAGAAGGUGGUGAUGCAGAAACCAUGUUUAGUGAUAGAUUUGAAGAUGAGCGAGAGAUAUGGUCAGUAGGUGGAGUUGAAUUGAAUCAGCAAGUAUAA